AUGGCAACGAAAAGAUCCCUGUCAGGACCAGUCGAGAUCCUCGACGAAGGUACCCAUCUGCCAGAAGAAGAGGUGAUGAAUGAUUUGAGGAGAUAUACUCACCUCAUGGCUGUCCACUUCAGUAAGACGGGCAAGCGGUCUGCCGAGAAGGUUAGGAGUGUGCUAAGGAGUAGCAAUGGGAUGUAG